UGAAUUGAAAAUUAAACUUGAAAACUAGUAAAUGAAAAGUUUUUCGUUACACACUAUAAAACACAGUGACUAAUUAAUCAUUGAAACUAUUAUUCAAUCUUAAGGAAAUAUACGCUAAUUUUACAUUGUUACAUCGCGUUGUAAAGUAUUGUCAAAUAACGAAACAUGGAGUUUUUAGAGUAUAACGAUGUUUCCGCAGAAAUAAAAGGAAACAUGGUACCAGGGAGGUUAAAAAUGACAGACCAAAACAUAAUUUUCAAGAAUAGUAAAACCGGCAAAGUUGAACAAAUAUCAGCUAAUGACAUUGAGCUGGUGAAUUUCCAGAAGUUCAUUGGUUCGUGGGGCUUACGUUUGUUUCUCAAAAAUGGUACUUUGCACAGAUACGGAGGUUUUAAAGAAGGUGAGCAAGAGAAGGUUGCAAAAUUCUUCAAAGCCAAUUAUAAUAAAGACAUGCUAGAGAAAGAGUUAUCUCUAAAAGGUUGGAACUGGGGUACAGCUAAAUUUAAUGGAGCAGUACUAAGUUUCAAUGUUGGUACAAACACCGCUUUUGAAAUACCAUUGCAUUAUGUCUCUCAAUGCAAUACAGGAAAGAAUGAAGUCACACUCGAAUUUCAUCAGAAUGAUGACACACCUGUAUCAUUGAUGGAAAUGCGCUUCCACAUUCCCACCAGUGAAGUGGCCAAUGAUUUGGAUGCAGUUGAAGCAUUCCACCAACAAGUAAUGAACAAAGCGAGUGUUAUUUCAGUUUCUGGUGAUGCUAUUGCUAUAUUCAGAGAACUACAAUGUUUGACACCUCGUGGUCGUUAUGAUAUCAAGGUAUUCCAGACAUUCUUUCAGCUUCACGGUAAAACCUUUGACUACAAGAUCCCUAUGUCGACAGUUCUCCGUUUAUUCUUAUUGCCUCACAAGGAUACGAGGCAAAUGUUCUUUGUCGUUUCCUUGGAUCCACCGAUCAAACAGGGUCAAACAAGGUACCAUUAUUUAGUGCUGUUGUUUGGUAUUGAGGAGGAGACAACUGUAGAACUUCCUUUUACAGAGGAAGAAUUGAAAGACAAAUAUGAAGGUAAAAUAACAAAGGAAUUAUCUGGACCGACAUACGAAGUUCUAGCCAAGAUCAUGAAGGUCAUCAUCAAUAGAAGGGUCACAGGUCCUGGUGACUUUUUAGGACACCACAAGACCCCGGCCAUAGCGUGUUCAUACAAGGCGGCGGCUGGCUAUCUGUAUCCCCUAGACAAAGGUUUCAUAUACGUUCACAAGCCACCAGUACACAUACGAUUUGAGGAGAUUGCGUCUGUGAACUUCGCUCGAGGGGGCGCUUCGUCGACGAAAUCAUUUGAUUUCGAAAUAGAACUGAAGUUGGGCAGCGUGCACACGUUUAGCAGUAUCGAGAAGGGAGAAUAUGACAAACUCUUCAAUUAUAUAUCUUCGAAGAAAUUACAUGUCAAGAAUACUGGAAAGAAUGACAAAGCCUUAUACGACGACGACUUUGGCGACUCGGACACGGAGAAGGAACCGGACGCGUAUCUGGAGCGCGUGAAGGCGGAGGCGAAGGAGCGCGAGUCGGACGACAGCGACGGCUCCGACGAGAGCACCGACGAGGACUUCAACCCCGACAAGGCCAAGGAGAGCGACGUCGCUGAAGAAUACGACACGAACGCCUCAUCUUCAGAGGACUCCGACGCGUCAGGCGGCUCCGGCUCCGGUGAUAGCAAGAAGGAGAAAGAAAAAGAAAAGAAGAAAGAGAAAAAACCUAAGAAAGCUAAGACUAUUUCCGAAGCGCCACGUAAGCGUAAAGAGAAGUCUAAGAAACGCGAGAAGGACGUGAACGCGCCCAAGCGGCCGGCGACCGCCUUCAUGCUGUGGCUCAACGAAAACAGAAAGAAAAUCAUUGAAGAGAACCCCGGGAUCAAGGUCACAGAGGUCGCCAAGCGCGCGGGAGAACUCUGGAGGGACCUGAAAGACAAAUCGGAAUGGGAAGAGAAAGCCAACAAAGCGAAAGAAGAAUACAAUGCCGCAAUGAAGAAGUAUAAAGACAGCGGCGCGGCCGACGAGUUCAAACAGAAAAAGAAACAGGCUGAAAAAGAACGAAAGACAGCAGAGAAGAAGACCAAAGCUCCUCCAGCAAAGAAGACUCCUGCCGCCGUUCCCACCGGGAAGUUCACCAGCAAAGAGUUUAUAGAAGACGACGAUAGCUCCUCCGACUCCGACAGCAAUAAGAAGAAGGAGAAGAAGGACACUAAAGACACAAAGAAAGAUAAAGAAAAAUCUAAGAGUUCGUCUUCCGAAGCCGAGGCAUCAUCGGCGUCUGGAAACGACAGCGGCAGUGAUAGUAAUUAAAAUUUAGAUAGUAGUUUUAGAUUGUAAUAAGCAUAUUUUGUACUUUGGUAUUGCAAGGUAAAUCGAUGGUAUGAUAAUUAUUUGAAUGUGUUGAAAUUACAUUGUUUUAUUAUCAGUGUAACGUAAGCAGGCUGGAAUUUCUGCCGAAUUCAUCAAUAAUUUUGUAAAUAAAUUAAUUAUCAUUCAAGAACUAUCACACAAGUUUGGACCCUUUUGUAAUGGGAGUACUUUUAUCGAUUGAAUUUGUAAUAGUCAUCGUGGCCUAACGGAGAAGGCGUCCGGUGUACUUGUGUUGAGCCGACCGACUGUACUGGUGUUCGGAAUCCGCAGAUAGCGACUUAAUAGAAAGCCAGAUUUAAAAAAAAACGUGAUUACUGAUUGUAGGAAGUCUUGUGGCUCUCGCGUUCCGCUAAAGGACGGGACAAACGCUAUACUGCACAACUUUGAGCGACAGACCUCAUGUCUCAAGGUGGGUGACGGUGUUCGAGUUUUGAUUUGUCGUGGACUCCAGUAACCACUUAACUCGAGCACGCUUUAAAAACUCGAAUUUUGUACAUCAGAACUGACGAAGUAAAAUUCAUAAAAUGAUGAGUAUUCAUCAUAAUCAACUUUGUCGUAACAAUAUUGCAACCUGUUUAACAUGUAAUGUAUUUUUUUUCCGUUUCGGUUUAAGAAUCAAUUGCUAAGUGUAUGAUUUCGAUGUGAUUAAAAGAUUUACAUUGUAAUUGUGUUAUUCAUAAUGAACCCCCUCUAAGAUUGUCGAAUAGUCACUUAAUCAAUAAUUUCACCCAGGGAAGAAAUGAUGCGACUCACGCUGUUCUGUUGUGUGGAGAUGUACACACUUUCAUUCCAGAUAAACCCCUUAAAAUAAAAUGGAUAAAAAUGUGUUUAAACAAAUUUAAAAAGGCAUAUCGUCGCUAUCAAACCAAAAGCUGCUAUGUACAAAAACUCUAUUUUGAAUUAACGAGUAAAAACGUUUUCGUAAAAAUUUUUAUAUGAAGGUGAAUUUUUAAGAACUAUAUCAAAUGAAAGCUAUAGAUAAAUAUGAAUAGACACAAAACUGUUUUUUAUAUGGUAGAUAUAGGGCUGUGAACUAUACGAAAAAGUCAAAAAGUAAAAAUCUCAAAAAAUGCACAUAACAGAUUUUGGUUUGACAACGACGAUAUUUAAGAGGUCGGGUGCGCAAAGAACACGUUGAUCAAAAUUUGUAUAAAAACGUUGAACAAAUUUUUUAAUAUCGACUUACACCUGCGAUGAACAUGUUACUAUGAAUCGACACUAAAAUUUAAAAAUGAAGACCUUGAAAUUCUAAUGUAUAUACUAAUGAACGCUCCGAACAUAUUUCUCCAUAACGAUAUGCCUUUUUAUUAAAUUGUACCAUUUUUUUAACGUACUCAACGAAUGUGAUAUGAUAUGAUGUAAAAACCUUUGCACUAUAAAUAAUUUGUUGUUAGUUUAUUGAAAUGCCCCACAGCAUACAAAAACAACUUCAAUAAAUUUUAAUAAUA